AAUGCCUUGUCUAGAAGGUAUGUCUUGAUAAGCACUAUGACUUUUAGAAUGAUGAGAUUUGAAAGUCUUAAGGGAUUCUAUUCUCAAGAUCCCAAUUUCAAAGAAAUUUAUAAAGAGUUGACUCAAGGGAAAAGGGUUGUCCGGUUCCAACUUGUGGAUGGGUUCUUAUUCAAAGAUGGCAAGGUUUGUGCCUCUAUGAGCUCAUGGAGGGAGUUGUUUGUUAAGAAAGCCCAUAGUGAAGGUAUGAUGGGUCCUUUUGGAGUGGCCAAGACACUUGACAUUCUACAUGAACAAUUUUAUUGGCCCAAGAUGGGGCAUGAUGUGGAAAAGCUUUGUGGGCAAUGCUUGAAAUGCAAACAAGCCAAGUCCAAGACUCGGCCUCAAGGAUUAGUCGUAGGGGCAGUUGUUACAUUAGAUUCUAUUGAAAUAUAUAAGAAACAUGAAUUAUUCGGAUCGAAACCAACAGUGUUUUUUCAGUGUAAAGGGGAAAACAAGACAAUUUUGCCAGAUGUGAAGAAAAAACAUGUCUUGUAUAUCUUCAAGGGUGAAGAGUCUUGGCAGCCUUUGACAGAGCUUACAGAUAAAAAGUGCAAACGAUGUGGGAUCUAUGAGAAGGACUCAAUAAAGCCUGACGAUACUUUUAAUGAGUGGGAGUUAUGUGCUUCUGAUUUUACUAGUCCACAUGGGAAGUAUACUCGUUACUUAAAGAAAGAGUUCAAAGCCACAUUUUUGUGUCCAGAGUGUGUCCCUCAUCGCGAUGCUUCAAAUCACUCAUCUGGCUCACCAAAAGGCGAAAAGAGAAUGCACUGGGCUUUUCUGCUUCUCAUCUGUGGUUUAGUUUCGAUUGUUUUAAUUCUUGGAGCAGUUACCACCUACAAAUGUUGGAAGCGAAAAAAGAGGCAGCACGAGCAAGCUCGUUUCUUGAAGCUGUUUGAAGAGGACGAUGACAUAGAGGACGAAUUAGGCAUUGGGCCACUUAGUCAUGUUAUGUAGGAAACUAGCUUCUUUUUUCACGUCUCAACAUACGUGUACAUUUUUGACAUUGUUGUAUAGAAGAACUUAAACGGGUAAAAGUUGUAUCGAAUCUUUUUAUUGCAAGAGAAUGUAGCAGAUUUAGGUAGUACCACGAGCUUGGAAGUUCAUAUGACAAAUAUUUGAGAUUUAUGAGGCUUCUUAGACUUUCUGAAAAGAAGUUUUUAUUUUUUACUACCUAGUCAGUAGUCAUAUGCAACUUUCGUUUCACUACUAUUCCCUUUCCUCAGGAUUUAGUGGUUACAAGGUUAUGUUAUCAAAUUCUACUUGUAUUGGUGACUAGAAGAUUAUCGCAAGAUAUGUAUUUCCACUGGUUUUCGGC